AGAAACAGAGAAAGAAAUACAGAAACAAAGAAAGGGAGAAAGAAAAAAAAGAAGAGCAUUGCUCUGAGAAUCUAGCUCUGAAAUUUCUGUAAUUGAUUCUCUGAUUCCCCUAGGUGGGAUCAGAGGAUCAUCUUUCCUGCCCCAAUCCACAAUUUUAACAAAUUGGCAUCUUUUUUUUGUUCAUCCAGCAUUACAACAAUUUUGAAUAAGAAAAAAAAACACAAACAAUCAUCUUUGAUAAGCUAAAGACUCUCCGAAAUAGUGCUUGGGAAAUCAGAAAGUUGGUGUCUUGUGAUCUUUUCUCAAAUGGGUAUCUCACAGAAUGAUGGUACAAUGGAAGGUUGGCUUUACAUCAUUGGGUCCAAUCGGCUUGGGUUGCAAUACUCACGCAAAAGGUACUUUAUUCUUAAGGAUAAUUGCCUGAGGAGCUUCAAAGCCAAACCUUCUUCUGACUCGGAGGAACCAGUUAGAAGUGCAGUAAUAGACAGCUGCAUUCGGGUCACAGAUAAUGGCAAGGCAAGCAUUCAUAGAAAAGGGUUCUUUAUUUUCACGCUCUACAAUACUUCCAAUCACAAUGAUCAGCUCAAGUUGGGAGCAAGUAGUCCAGAAGAAGCAGCAAAAUGGAUGCGUUCGUUGAAGGAUGCUGCAUUAAAGGAGUGCCCGGAUACAGCGAAUAAUUUUGUGGCUUGUUCCAAGGGCAGAUGGCCAUCUUUUAUACGGGGUGGUUCCAGGAGGGCAGAACGUAAAAUCUCUGUUGAUUGGACUUUUGGCUCAUUGACUCACACAGAAUCUAUGACAUCUGAUGUUAUUGCUCCCUCACCAUGGAAAAUUUUUGGUUGUCAGAAUGGAUUACGGCUUUUUAAAGAAGCAAAAGAUUGGGAUUCCCGUGGAAGGCAUUGGGACGACCAUCCGGCUAUAAUGGCAAUAGGAUUGGUUGAUGGAACUUCAGAGGCCAUUUUCCGGACCCUUUUAUCUCUUGGUCCCUCAAGAUCAGAAUGGGACUUCUGUUUCUACCGGGGUAGCGUGGUUGAGCACCUUGAUGGUCAUACAGAUAUUGUUCACCAGAAGUUAUACAGUGAUUGGCUACCUUGGGGGAUGCAACGAAGAGAUCUACUGGUACGUCGCUAUUGGAGAAGAGAGGAUGAUGGCACAUAUGUAAUUCUAUACCAUUCUGUGUCUCACAAGAAAUGUCCACCAAAAAGAGGCUAUGUCCGUGCUUGCCUUAAAAGUGGAGGAUAUGUAAUAACUCCUGUGAACCAAGGGAAACAAUCUCUUGUGAGACACAUGCUUGCUAUUGACUGGAAAUUCUGGAAAUUAUAUCUGCGUCCAUCAUCUGCAAGAUCCAUUACCAUCCGUAUGCUUGAGAGAGUUGCUGCAUUACGAGAGCUGUUUGGAGCCAAAACUGGAAAUUGUUCCUCUGAAUUCUCAUCCAGAGACUUGACAGGAGAUAUCAGGUUAUCUCAAAGUGGAAAGCACAAUAUUAAGACUGAAGUUCAGCACCCUGGAGAAGUCAGAAAGAUAGAGGAGGGUCUUCUCGUGGAAGAUGAGGUUGAAAAACCAGAAGGUCGUGCAAGUUUAAAGGGGCUGCAUGACGCUGCAGAUGAGUUCUUUGAUGUUCCUGAACCAACAGAAUAUGACCAAUUUGAGAAUGAGUGGUCUGCAGACUUGAGCAUGGAACAGCACUCCACGAAUAUACAACAGCCCAAACUAUCAUCAGCCGCAGUUCUCGUGAAAAAAUUGCAUGAACUUAGAGUUCAGAAAAAGGGUUAUAUGGACUUACAAGAUGUGUCUAGGGAAGAUAACAUAUCAUGCUCCUACGGGGCAACUCUUCAAAAGGACCCAAGUUGUGCUUUACCUUGCAGCUGGGGAUCAGCCGAUCCUUCUUCGUUUUUGAUACGCGGGCCAAGUUACUUACAAGAUCGUCAGAAGAUCAAGGCAAAAAACACCUUGAUGCAACUGGUUGGUGUAGAUUGGCUAAGAUCUGACAAGCGAGAAGAUGAUCUAGGCAGCCGUUAUGGUGGUAUUGUUCAGAAAUAUGCAGAGCGAGGUGGAUCAGAAUUUUUCUUCAUUGUAAACAUUCAAGUCCCCGGAACAACCAUGUACACUUUGGCGUUCUAUUACAUGCUGAAAACUCCUUUGGAGGAAAAUCCUUUACUACAUAACUUUGUCAAUGGAGAUGAUUCCUAUAGGAAUUCAAGAUUUAAGUUAAUACCAUACAUUUCUAAGGGAUCAUGGAUAGUCAAGCAGAGUGUUGGGAAGAAAGCAUGCUUGGUAGGUCAAGCACUUGAAGUAAAUUAUUUUCGUGGGAAGAACUAUCUUGAGCUUGGGAUUGAUGUCGGGUCUUCAACCGUGGCAAGGGGGGUGGUAAAUCUUGUUCUUGGUUACCUCAACAAUUUGGUCAUAGAAAUGGCAUUUUUGAUACAGGCCAACACAGAAGAGGAACUUCCAGAAGUCCUUCUUGGAACAUGUAGAAUCAACCAUUUGGAUGCAUCCAAAUCAGUCCUGGUAAAACCAUGAUUUUCACCCAGAAAGUCUCAAGUAUCUUUUUAUCAGGCAGAUGCCCAAAAAAAUAUCGACUCCCGGCAAGGAACAAAAUUGAUGUAAAGAGAGAUGCUGAUCUUGAAAAAUCUGACUGUUUACAGUCAUUUUUCCAUCCAAUCAAUGAUAUAUAUUUUUCCCUGUGAUUGGAUUAUUUGUAGGAUUAUACAUAAUAUCAUAACAUAAAUCAGACCAAAAAGAAAAAAGGAAAAAAAUUUGUUUUCUGAUACA